UGAACGUUAAAAUUUACGAAAUCUAACAAUAAGAAACCAUUACUUAAUUAAUUAUUUGUGUAUGUGAGACUUACAAGAAUGCAUUCGUGAAUUAUUAAUAGUGUUUAACUAAUCACAAAUUAGUCAAAAAUGUUUGUUUCAUCACUAUUUUAGUCUUCAAUAAACACGAUUUUCUCUGAUUCUGUACAAGUUGGUACAAGUGUCACCGUCACCCUAACCUCCAAAUGUCAGUCAAACUUGAAAAAACCCCAUUGUGAAAGUCUCGCUUUUGGGGCAAACCAUUGCGUGUCAUGCGACGCAAAAUGUCGUUGAAAACCGUGGGUGUCAUCUUAAUCAGUGACGAGAUUCUCCACGGCGAGAAAACCGACACUUUUAGUAAAUAUCUAAUCAAAGAAUUGACUUGUUUGGGCUUCAAUGUGGGCAAAGUCUCGACGAUAAGUGACCGAGUAGAGGUGAUUUGUAACGAAUUUCACUCACUAAUAAGGACAUUCGACGUGAUAGUGGCAGUGGGCGAGACAUGUGGCUCAAUUUACAAAACCCUUGGCAAAAUGACAACCCAAGAACUAGAAACUAGUGAGGAUUUAACUCGAAUACUCACUGAAAUUGGGGAAAGUUUUAGUAAAACCGAUAUUUUACUACCCCGACAAGCUAGAAUAUUGCACACGGGGCACUGUCACCCCGUAGUUCACUUCCAGAGGAUUUUUAUUUUGAAGGAGAAGUGUCUGAAAUCGAGUUUCACGAAAAUUUUGAAAAAUCACCUCAUGGAGUACCGAAAAGAGCGAGAUUUCCGAAAAAUCAUCGAGAUUAACAAGAAUGGAAACUUGUCGUUUGAUUUAAACGAGUUCAAAACCAAUAAUAGUCUUCAAAUCGAGUUUAGUAAAAAUGACAAGAGUUACAUUUUUAAUGUUUCGAGUCCUGAAUUGCGUGAAAUGGUGGAAUUUCAGCGCAAAAUCGCCGAAAAGUUUCACAAUUAUGCGAAAUUCGUCGAUAAUUCAGACGUUUGGGGGCGUGUCUACUCCAGUGGUGAAAAACACAUCAAAAAUGCGAUUGAAAAUAUUGAAAAUUGUUUGCAACAGUUCGGUUUAGAGAACAUUUUUGUGAGUUUCAACGGCGGUAAAGACUGCACUGUUUUGCUCCAUUUGGUUUUAACAGUCGUUAGGAGAAAGUAUCCUCAACAUUCGCACCCAAUUCCUUGUCUUUACGUUCAAAGUGAAAGUCCUUUUCCCGAACAGGACGAGUUUAUUGACUUGUGUAAAUGUUACUAUAAUUUGAAAAUAAUGACACUCAAGUCGGGGAUUAAGGACGCUUUAGCGCACACUUUGCAACAAUUUCCCAACUACAAGGCUUGUUUUAUGGGGACGAGACGGACAGAUCCGUUUUCGGGUGAUUUAAGUGUUUUUCAGGUAUUUUCCCCGAGUUUAGUAUUUUUUGUUUUUCUCAGUUGGUUACAGAUGACUGAUGCUAAUUGGCCCCAAAUACUCAGAGUUAGUCCGGUCCUGGAUUGGCAUUAUUCAGACAUUUGGGACUAUUUACUGUUAUAUAAAGUACCGUAUUGCAAAUUGUACGAUUUAGGGUUCACCUCGUUGGGGAAUACCGUAAAUACGGAACGGAAUCCCUCUCUUAAAUGCUACGACCCGUUUGAUGGAAGCGAAUUUUACUUACCGGCGUAUAAACUACUGAAAGAGGGGAAGGAACGGAAUGGGAGACAUUCUAGUUGAUUAUUAUUUCAAGGGGGUGGAUAAUUUAGUCAAAUUUUUAUUUAAUUGUUGGUUAUGUAGAGUUUAUUAAAUAAAAAAUGGUGAAAAUUGAAAUUUGGCGCCCGCGCCAUCAGUGUUGCCAAUC